CGGCUAUAAAAGUUCUUUAGUCUAUCCUCUCUUCCACAACAAGAAAAAAAAAUGGUCCAAAAGCCAAACACUGGUGCGCCUAGCCCAUUGCAGCUGCAGCAGCAACCACCAAAGCAAUGGCUCAACCGCAGCAAAACAUUCUUCGACGUUCCUAAUCCGAAAAUCGUUACAAUCUUUCUCAUAAGUAUCUUUGCCACGUUUUUCUCAGGCAUUGCUUUUGUCUUUGAAUGGAUAUUUCAUGGCAAGAACCAUGCCGGAUUCCAAUGGAUCAUCUACUACGGCUUGUCCUUAAUCUUUCUUCCUGUUCUGAUCCUGCUCGGUCUUGGUAUCGUCAUUGCUGUUACGACCAGGCACGAGUCAAAACAGGUUGCUAGCUCCAUCGUGGAAGUUGAAGAACAGCAACAUGUCGACCAUUCUGCCGGUAAAGGUGGCAAUGAAGAAAAAGAUUAUGAUAAAAACUGUCAGAGUUUGGCUGUUGUGGUUGAUGGAUAUGAUAAAAAGAGCGCCGCGAAAACAUUGGAGCAUAAAACUUUAAAACUGAAACGCGCCGUUUCGUUCCCAUUGCGUAGCCAAGCAAGAUCAUGCCGGACUAGGUGAGUGUUCCAGUCACUAUGGAUCAUCUAUCUUCCCCCAUGUAAUUUCUUUCCUUUAUUUUUCGAUGAGAUUUAUCUGCACUUCUGUUAACUUUUA